AUGACAACCUUCUCCUUGGUGGUGCUUCCGCUCCUCGCCUGUGUCUGCGCUAUACAUUAUCGCAAACAACUACUGCAGUGGCUAUCAAUCCAGCUAGGCUUUGUAAAAUCUGCCAACCAUGGGUGCUGCGCCACUCAGUCUCCCGAUCUCAAGCGCAUGGCGCCAUACCCAGCGCAGCCCAUCAAGGGCCGGGAGCGAUACCGCGUCAUGAUGGACAUCCGCAAGCUGGACGUCCAGAACUGGCUCACCAUUGACAAGAACUACAUGGCCGAGCACCGAGUGCGCUCGCAAUUGCUGCACGAGAAAAAGACCCAGGUCCUGCAAUGCCUGCCCGAGUCGCUGGAUGCGUGCCGCGAGGCGCUGGAUGAGGUGGCCGAGUUUCUGUGCCGGCGGUUUCCCUGCAUGUUUGAGCGCGCUGGUGAUGAUGGGCUGCCGUUUAUUGAGAAUCGCAUGACGGGCGAAAGGUUUGCGCUUGGUACACGGGACCCGCAAGAAGAGUUGACGGCUGCUCUGGAGGCGGCCGUGCGGCUUACCAUGGAGGAUCUUAGUAUCCUGUUGAUGAACGAGGACGGCGAGUACUAUCUCGCGGCCAGUGCAAGUCUCUUCCCGACGGGGUGGACCGUCGAAGAAAGAAUCGGCUGGACGAUAUCGCGCCUACACGACCCAGUCCCACUAUGGCACCAGCAUGUAGCCAAUUCAGUCAGCAAAUUCCUCGCCCGUCUAACCCCAACCUCCCCAAUGGAACGCUCCAACUACUUCAUAGAAAUCAAACGCCCCAACGAGAACCUUUUUGAAAUCUUGUACCGGCCCAACACGCUCUGCGAAAAAGACCUCGACAACCCCUCGCCACAGGAGAUCAUCAUCCGGCGCGAGCGCCAGACGUUCCGCCGGCUGCCGCGCACGGGGGCCAUUGUCUUCGGCGUGAAGACGUAUCUCACGCCUCUGGACGAGCUGCCGAUGCAGGAGCUCGAGAAUCUGGCCAAGGAAAUGAAGAGUUGGCCCGAUUAUGUGGGCGAGUAUAAGGGGAGGAAUGUGUGGGGGCGCAAGGUUUUGGAGUAUUGUGCCACGCGCACGAGCUUGGAUGUUCUGAUGGGAGAAGUGAAUGAGAAGGUUGAAGUUUGA